CUCAGAUGCGUCAGAAGCCGAACUCCGUCCGAGGUAAAAACCCUUCUUCCUCGUCUUCCCCUCCCUUCCCGACCGCGAGACAGUCACCAGGGCCUAAAGCAGAGCUUGAGAAGUGAUAGAAGAGGCUGCGGAGGCGAAACCCGGCAAAAAUGGGCGGCGGGAAGCGGCGGGGGCGAACUCAGCGAAAGCAUUUUCGGCAGAGCAGAGAGAACGUUUGGAAGCGUAGCAAGGCCGAUGGUGACUCCGCUUGGGAGCCCUUCGCCACUCAAAACCCAGCCUUUGAUAAUUAUUACAAAGAACAAGGAAUAGUGUCAACAGAAGAAUGGGACACUUUCAUGCAUGUUCUUCGCAAACCAUUGCCUGCUGCUUUCAGAAUCAAUUCCAGCAGCCAGUUUUGUGCUGAUAUUAGAUUGCAGUUAGAGAAUGACUUUAUGAAGUCUCUUCAGGCCGAGGUCAAUGAAGGGGGUGAAGUGGAGCCUAUUAGACCAUUGCCUUGGUACCCUGAUAAUAUUGCUUGGCAUUCUAAUUUUUCCCGCAUGCAGUUGAGGAAGAACCAAACCUUGGAGAGGUUCCAUGAAUUCUUAAAACUGGAAAAUGAAAUAGGCAAUAUCACAAGACAGGAGGCUGUUAGCAUGGUACCUCCAUUAUUCUUGGAUGUUCAUCCUGAUCAUUUCGUACUUGAUAUGUGUGCUGCCCCAGGUUCGAAAACAUUCCAAUUACUUGAGAUUAUGCACCAAUCUAGCACACCUGGAACAUUACCGUGUGGAAUGGUUGUAGCAAACGAUGUUGACAUCCAACGGUGUAAUCUUCUCAUCCAUCAAACAAAAAGAAUGUGUACUGCUAACUUAAUGGUCACAAAUAAUGAAGCCCAACACUUCCCUGGCUGCCGUUCAAACAAAUGCUGCUCUGAUGCUUCUGUUAUGGGAAGUGAAAAGGGGCCAGGCAUAAGUCAGCUUCUCUUUGACCGUGUCCUAUGUGAUGUUCCUUGCAGUGGAGAUGGUACACUUCGCAAGGCUCCAGAUAUUUGGAGAAAAUGGAAUGUAGGAAUGGGCAAUGGGCUGCAUAACCUACAAGUGUUGGUUGCCAUGCGAGGUGUAUCUUUGCUUAAAGUCGGUGGAAGAAUGGUUUACUCAACCUGCUCAAUGAAUCCGGUUGAGGAUGAGGCUGUGGUUGCUGAGGUUCUGCGGAGGUGUGGAGAUUCCCUUGAACUUGUUGAUGUCUCUAGUGAACUUAUUCAACUCAUUCGCCGUCCAGGCCUUAACAAAUGGAAGGUAUGUGACAAAGGCAGUUGGUUGUCUUCUUACAAAGAUGUCCCCAAAUCCCGUAGGUCUGUGAUUGCUCCCAGCAUGUUUCCUUCUGGCAGGAGCUAUAUGGCACAAGCUGACAAUGAGCAUGGUAUAGACUUGGCUGAAACACAUGAGAAUGGUGACGAAAAUUUGAAAUCUCAUGAUGAUAUCCAGCCAGUGGAGGACCCUGCAACUUCAGCUGAUGUUUCAGAUAUGGAAGUUUCUAGCUUCCCUUUAGAACGUUGCAUCAGGAUACUUCCUCAUGAUCAGAAUGGCGGGGCCUUUUUUAUUGCUGUUUUUCACAAACUUUCAGAUGUUCCUGGCAUUCCAGAGAAACCUCAGAGUCGGCAGGAGCAUUUGUCUUCUAGAAAUGAUAAACCAUGUGAAAAUUUGUCCUAUGAUAUAGUAGAAGAUGCAGUUGAGUUGGAAACUAAUACAGAAGAAGAUGCGGUUGAGUUGGAAGCUAAUACAGAAAAUGACACAGAAGAGAAAUAUGUAGCAGCAUCAGAUGCCGAUCUACUUGCUAAUGAUCCAGAAGAAGCAGCUUUGGAAAAUGAUCCUUCUUUAGAAUUUGAUGAUGAUAAACCAGAGGAAGCCCAUGUGCCUGGUAACGAGGAACCUGCUCCCAAAAGAGUUGGAGGAAAGAGAAAAUUACAGAAUCAGGGCAAGUGGAAAGGGAUUGAUCCUGUUGUAUUCUUUGAGGAUGAAACUGUUAUAAAUAGCAUAAAGGCUUUCUAUGGUAUUGAUGAAUCCUUUCCUUUCAAGGGCCACCUUGUCACAAGAAACAGCGAUACCAGCCAUGUGAAGAGAAUUUACUAUAUUUCAAAAUCAGUUAAGGAUGUCCUUGAACUGAAUUUCUCAGUUGGUCAGCAGCUUAAGAUUACUUCCAUCGGCAUGAAGAUGUUUGAACGCCAAACAUCAAAAGAAGGCACCUCAUCACCAUGUGCAUUCCGGAUAUCAUCGGAAGGACUGCCGUUGAUUCUACCAUUCAUCACCAAACAGAUCUUAUUUGUAUCCUUGGUGGACUUCAAGCAUCUGUUGCAAUACAAAACGAUAAAAUUUGCAGAUUUCGUUGAUGCUGAGUUUGGGGAGAAGGCGUCAAAGCUAAUGUUGGGUUGUUGCGUGGUGGUUUUGAGUAAAGGUAGCCAGGCCUCCACAGAACCAAUAAAGGUGGAUGCAUCAACGAUAGCCAUUGGGUGCUGGAAGGGCAGAGGUAGCAUAAGUGUAAUGGUCACAGCGGUUGACUGUCAAGAACUGCUCGAGAGGCUCGUGGUGCGGAUGGAAACCGAGAAUGGUUCUGUAGUGCAGGAAAAUGGGGUGCCUAGCAUCGAGGUGGAUGAAAUGGAAAAGCACAAAUAGUACCAAGAUGAUGACACUGGGACUAUAAAAAUUGGCGCUGUUGGUCGAGUUAAAUGCCAAAUUUUGUUGUAUUUUUAUCUUAGAUUUUGUGAACUGUUGUGGUAGGUCUUUCCCUUGUUCUUACAUUUUUAUAAGCUCUAAAUUGCUUGGUUCUGUUGAGGUUGAUGAAGAAGUUGCAUCGUUCUCAUUAGUUUAUACCUUUUGUUUUUACUGGAAAAGCAGUGAAAGAAGCAUGAUUGUAAUAUUGAAAAACUCCAGAAGAGCAGUAAGAGCAACUUAGUAGCUGAAA